AUGGUAGAAGGAGUACAACAAGCAAUCAAAGGAAUGCAGGCGUUGAUAAGCGUAGAGGGGCUAGAAAGAGAAGUUAAGGUCGGUAGGCAGAACAGGGGGGGGGGUUUGGGAAAGAUAGUAAGUACUUCUUAUAUCAACCACAGGCUCCCGUGUUUCUUACUUUUUUUGAGUAGUAUCCCAUUCCUCUAUGCCAUUCCCGCAUUCACUCUAUCCGUCCAACAAGCUCUCUCUCCCAUUGGUAGGCAGAAGACAGGGGUUUUGGAGGGAACUACUAAAGGUGUGUAUAAGCCCUACAUACAGUGUAUGUGUCCCUCCAGCCCAGCUGAGCUUCGCUAUGAACUAAUAGACUGA